AUGUCCCAGGACGUGAGUUACCAGGAACCCAUGUCCCAGGACUUGAGGUACCAGGAACUGUUCUCCAAGGGCAUGAGUUACCAGGACCCGUUGUCCCAGGGCAUAAGUAACCUGGAGCCGGUGUCCCAGGACGUGAGUUACCAGGAACCCAUGUCCCAGGACAUGAGUUACCGGGAACCGUUGUCCAAGAGCAUGCGUUACCAGAAACCGUUGUCCAAGGGCAUGAGUUACCAGGAACCCAUGUCCCAGGAUAUGAGUUACCGGGAACCGUUGUCCAAGAGCAUUCGUUACCAGAAACCGUUGUCCAAGGGCAUGAGUUACCAGGAACCGGUGUCCCAGGACGUUAGCUACUAG